AUGAAAAAUAAAUUGCCCAACUUUGAAGGGCUAGGUCUGGCCCCAUUGGGUUCCAAUCAGGCCAAGUCGGCCCAAAAUCAGGAUCAAGCAAGCCAUGGUGCAUACAAGGAAGAGUUUGUCACCGGCUUCACACGAUGGCUUAGCUCAUCUUACACUCACACUCAUAACUCAACAAAAUCUCAAGAUGAUAUCAAUCAAAAAAAGGGGAAUGAAACGGAGAUGUUGAUGGAUGAGCGGAGUGUUGAUAGGUCUCCAUGGGCAUGGACAAAAGCUACAAUGCUUGUGGUGGUCGGAAUUGUUAUAUUGGCAGUUCUAGCAGAACCACUUGUGCAUAGUGUUCAGGAUUUCUCUAAAAGACCAAAUCUGCCAUCUUUCUUCAUCUCCUUUAUCUUAGUUCCGCUGGCUACUAGUUCUAGGGUUGCAAUUUCAGCAAUCAAACCCGUAAGUCGGAAGAAGCCAAGAACAACUUCUCUAACAUUUUCUGAGAUCUAUGGUGGAGUAUUCAUGAACAAUGUUGUUGGUUUUUCGGUACUAUUAGUGUUGGUUUAUUUUCGGGGAUUGUCGUGGGAUUUCUCAGGAGAAGUAGUGAUGGUUCUACUGGAUUAUGGUGUGAUGGGUGUUACUGCAAGUUUGGUGUCCAUCAUCCCAGUUUGCAUAUCAAUGGUGGCAUACCUGCUGUACCCGCUGUCUUUCUCAUUGUCUACCUUCUUUAUUACUCUUUCUGCGGCUGAAUGCACCAAAAUUGCCUAA